CCGUGCACGACAAGGAACAGAGCUCAGACCGGUCGUAUCCGACGAGCGAACCGACGGGCGCGGGCGAUUUCCGAGGCUCCGACGGUUUUCGGUUUUCCCCGCAGCAAGCGCAGGGUGCAGGAAGCGUCGCGCGUGAAUUUUACCGCCCGAGUCCCACCCGGAAAGCGCGUCGUCGCCAGUCAGCGAGGGCGCAUAACAGGUCGGCGGAGGGAUCUGUGACCUUCCGACACCAUGCAGGCUCCCGCGCAGUCUCAGGCUGCCUACAGCUACGGCCAGCAGCAGAUGGCGCCGAACCCCUACGCCAUGUGGCCCCAGGCCAUGUCCAACCCGUACGGCGGAGCGAGCCAGUUCAUGUACCCCGGCUACAUGGGUGCGUACGGAGCCGGCGCGGGCGCUGAAGGGAAGGAUGCGACCGCCAACGGCGACGCCGCCGCCUACACCAACGGCGCGGCCGCCAUGUGGCACGAGCAGGCUGCCGCCGCCAAGGCUGCGGCGGGUGGCGGGGCGGGCGGCGGCGGCUCCAAUGGCGUGGGCGGCGGCGGCUCCAACGGCGAGGUCUGGAUGGACGAGAGGGAGCUGAAGCGCCAGCGCAGGAAGCAGUCCAACAGGGAGAGCGCGCGCAGGAGCCGCCUGAGGAAGCAGGCUGAGUGCGAGGAGCUCGGCGGUCGUGUAGACGCCUUGUCCACCGAGAACGUCACGCUUCGCGCCGAGCUCGAGCGACUGAAGGAGACUUGCGGCGCGCUCGAGACGGACAACACCGUGCUCACGGACAAGCUCAAGGAGCUGAAAGGGCCGGACGCGGUGGAGGCUGUCAGGAAGGAGGUGGCGAAGAAGAAGGACGAGGCGAAGGGUGAAGAGGAUGGGAAGAAGAAGGAAAAUGGGAAAACCGGCGAGCUCACCAACGGGAAGCGGAAGGCUGAGGUCAAGGCUGAGGCCUGACGUCAAUCGAUUCUUGCGACGCCACGGGAAGGGAAGAAAGAAUUGCACGCCACACAAGACGCAACGCAACACAUGUUUUUUUAGAAUGGAAGACCGGGGAAAGGCGCCGGUCAGUAGCAGGCUCACAUGCGGCGAGCCACAAACGCCCGCAUUCGCAGAGUCAAUGGAGCAGUGACGGCCCAUUACAGCCGCGCUCUCUCGACGACGCGAAUACGGAUGUACAAACGGAUACGCUUUAAUUUGAUUUUAGUGCACGCAAAGAGCGUUAAGUUGUUAAGAAUGAAUUGCAAAAGCU